UAAAGACUCCUCGUCCUCUCAAACCGCUCAGACAUGGGACACUUCAACACACAAAUAUUGCUCAUCUCCUGCCUAUUAUUUACAUGUUACGAAGCAGAAAAAAUCAAAACCAGAGGUCUGCGCCAGAAGGAUGUCGACUACAUAGAGAAAUACUCCGGCUGCCUGCAGGGGCCCGCAGGCACUCCGGGACGGGAUGGUAAUCCGGGAGCCAAUGGGAUUCCUGGCACUCCAGGUCUGCCAGGCCGAGAUGGGGUCAAAGGGCAGAAGGGCGAGUGUGUGAGCGAGAGGUUUGAAGAGCCCUGGAAACCCAAUUAUAAACAGUGUGCCUGGAACGCACUCAACUAUGGCAUCGACCUGGGCAAGAUCACAGAGUGCACGUUCACUAAACAGUAUGCAGACAGUGCUCUGCGUGUGCUGUUCAGCGGCUCUCUGCGGCUCAAGUGUAAGAACGCUUGCUGUCAGCGCUGGUACUUCACUUUUAAUGGGGCCGAAUGCACCGCUCCGCUGCCUGUAGAGUCCAUCAUCUACCUGGACCAGGGCAGCCCAGAGCUCAACUCCACCAUCAACAUCCACAGAACCACAUCCGUUGAAGGGUUAUGUGAAGGCGUGCGGAAAGGCCUGGUGGAUGUGGCGGUCUGGGUGGGAACGUGUGGCGAUUAUCCGCAUGGAGACGCCUCCACCGGCUGGAACUCUGUGUCCCGGAUCAUCAUAGAAGAGCUUCCCCUGAGCAGCUGAGUCAAUCUGCGGGAAACUACACACUUAUUAAAGGGACAGUUCACUUAGAAAUUCAACAUUUACCGACUGACUAACCUUCAAGUGUCUACAAACAUUCAGAAGUUUAUUUUUUCUGCUGAAUACAAAAGGAGAUACUUUGAAGAAUGUUACAAACUGGUAACCAUCAACUUAAAUAGUAAUUUUUUAUUUCUACUAUAGAAGUCUUUUAUGUUUUUUUUUUUCCAACAGGAAAAAAAGAACCAAGAUGAGUAAACGAUGAGAGUUUUCAUUUUUUGUUGAACUUUUCCUUUAAAGCUGCAGUCCAGUACUGUUUUUUGGUUUAAAAUAGCCCAAAAGCAACAUUUGACCAAGUAGCUCACCAGCCAGUGUUCAAAACCAUCCCUUUACUUUAGUUUCUUUUUUCUGCUGAACACAAAAAAUGAGGUUUUGAAAAAUUUUACAAACUGGUAACCUUUGACUAACAUAGUAUUUUUUAUUUUUUUGUGCCUAUUAUAGCAGUCGAGUGUUACCUUUUUUUUUACUACAAAGAUAAGUUUUUAAAAUACCUUUUGUUUUCAAUGGAAACAAAUUACCAAAAUGAGUAAACAAUGAGAAAGUUUACUUUUUAUGUGUCUCCUUACCUUUCUUUUUUUUUUUUUUUUUUUUGAUAAACACAAUAGAAGAUGCUUUGAAGAAUGUUACAAAACGGUUGUACAUUUUUAUUUGUACAAUAGAAGUCAAUGGUUACCAGUUUUCAAAAUGCCUUUACAAUAGAAAAAAACUACCAAGAUGAGUAAACGAUGAAAGCUUUCAUUAUAGGGUGAACUAUUCUUUUAAAACUCCAGUCCAGAACUUUUUUUUUUUUUAUUGUUUGCUUUGUUUAAAAUGACCCGAAAAGCAACAUUUGACCAAGUACAGUAGCAACUGUAACCAGCCAGUGUUCAAAAGUAUCUCCUUACCUUUAUUUUUUCUGCUGAACACAAAAGAAGAUAUUUUAAAGAAUGUUACAAACCGGUAACCAUUACCUUACAUACUAUUUUUUUUUAUACAAUAGAAGUCAAUGCAGUUUUCAAAAUAUAUUUUGUUUUCAACAGGAAAAAAGCACUAAGAUGAGUAAACAAUGAGAGGGUUUUCUUUUUUGGGUUUCCCUACCUUUCUUUUUUUUCUGUUAAACACAAAAGAAGAUGUUUUGAAAAAUGUUACAAACCGGUAACCAUUGACUUACAUAGUAUUACUAUUCCUACUAUAGAAUCAAUAGUUACCAGUUUUCAAAAUGUCUUUACAACUGAAAAAAAAAACUACUAAGAUGAGUAAACGAUGAGAGUUUUCAUUUUUGAGUGAACUAUUCUAUUAAAGCUGCUGUCCAGAACUGAUUUUUUCUUCAUACUGAUGCUCUGUGUCAGGGGUCAUCAAACUUGUUCCUGGAGGGCCGGUGACCUACAGAUCUUAGCUCCAACCCUAAUCAAACACACCUGAACAAGCUAAUCAAGGUUUUACUAGGUAUACUUUAAACAUCCAGGCAGGGGUGUUGAGGCAAGUUGGAGCUAAACCCUGCAGGGACCCCUGCUCUGUUUGAACUGAGGCAGUUCAUCUUGAUCAUGUCUACAUGCCUAAAUGCAUUGAGUUGCUGCGAUGUGAUUGGCUGAUAAGAAAUUUGCGUUAACAAGUAGCUGGACAGGUGUACCUAAUAAAGUGGCCGGUGAGUGUGUAGUUAACUGUGCAGUUUCACACACAUAAAAUACUUUUGCAUGUACUGUGGGGGAAAUUAAUAUUUUCCUGGGAAUAAUAUUUCUAAAAGAGCUGUUGACGUGGAAUUGAACCAGACAACAUAAACGUAAGAAUAAAACAAAAAAAAAAAAAAAAAAGAAUCUGAACAAUUAGUUAUGUGUAACAACAAUAGUAUGACACAAGAAGAAAGUACUAAACUGCUGAAAUGUAUUUAAUACUUUGUUAAAUGAUUGUUUGAUGGUCAACUAUGGCAGUCCUUCUCUGAUGAUGUCAGUUUGACAGCUUUAUGGACAAGAUUUGCAUAGCCACGCCCCUCAAACCGUUAUUUUGCUGUAAGUGAAACAUUAGAGGCAGAGCCCACAAAGAAAGCCCCGCCCCCUGCUUAAUAUUCCAUCUGUCCUGUAAAAACAGCCAAUUAACAGCUUCUUAUUGAUGUUACGUUAUCGUGAACUGUAUGUGUCUAAUAAUCACAAACAAUCACAAAAAAGUCUGUUUUCUAGCGAGUCGCUGUCAGUAAUUUAAGAGAUUGAGACUGGACAGGUGCUGUGAAAACUCUAAAUGCAUUUUAAUGGAUCAUUUUUAAAUGUCAAUAAAGUUUUUUUUACAGAUUUGGGUACAUGUUCUUCAAAGAGUGUCGGUUAUUAACCUAUGAGCGGUACAAAUUCAAGGCCACGAAUCUAAGCUCAUUAACACAAAUGUCAGCGAUGAGCUAGAAAUGUCAGAUUGAGUACAUUUUGUGCGCUUCUGAUGUGAGGAAUUAAACUUGAGGUGGGUUUUGUGCAGGAAACCGUAGAGUAGCAAUGCAUUAUGGGUGUACAAUAAACUUAUGUACACAUAGAA